AUGCCCUCAAGCUUUGACUCGAGAUGCGCGCUUGACAAUUCUCCAGACGAGGAUAGUGAGGAGGACUCCGGUACACGUGGUGGUUCGCGUGUCGUCCGUGACGAUGGACUGUUCAACUUACCUAUUGUCUUCACACAGACAGCCUCUGGCAAAAUCCUCCGUAUACGGUUUAUGGAGAAAGACCUGGAAAAUGUGGAUAUUGUAAACAUCAAGCGAGGCAUUAUUUCUGCUUUACAAACCCAAAUAAACACAAACACUGAGGAAGAAGUGGAUUCAACAGGCAAGCAUAAAAUCCGGUAUAGCGCCUCGGGAUCUGGUAAUGAAACAGUGAUUAUUAAGGAAUAUGAUAACAAAGAUGACGUAGAUGCUCCAUUCAGUGGAAGACCAGGUAAUGUCCAUGUUAAAGGUCGAACAACGGUCAGCCGUGGCGACAUUACGUCCAGCGAGGGACAGGCAUCCAGUCAACCGGAAACAGGGGAAGACGAAGAUGAAGAUGAGAUCCCACCAGAUGUCGCCAGUGCCAUUGAUGCCGGAGAUGUGUUGAAAAGUGAAUCCAAGUAUAAACUGAACCUUAAACUGAAGCGCAAACGGACGGCCCAACGAGCUAAGAGGGUGGCAAGCUUUAAGCCGACGGAAUUUAUUGACACCCCCAUCACCAUAGAGACGACACGACACGACCAAGAAGACGAACUUCUCAAUCGACUUGAACUGUUAUACAAUCGAUUAGAAACAACUCCCGUUGACAGGAUUUUGGUUAAAUUUCUUCAGUCUAAAGUUGAAGGGGAUCUUGACUUUUUAAAGGAAAUUGUCGUUCUUGAGGCAAACAUUGGAUAUGAAAAGGUUACGACAAAACUGAGGCGCCACAACAAACCCCCACUUAUGGACAUUUUAGUCCCACGUUCUUACGGCAUGCUGGCUCAGUGUCACGUGACAUGGGACAUCUGUCAACCAAUGUUGUCUCUGUACGCACAAGGAGGAGGUGCCCUUGCUGAAGAGGUGUUUCAAUACCUGUUAUCUGCUGACAGUCAACUUACCCAUGAGCAGUUGUCCAAUGUUAUUGACACGGUGUCCACUAUGACAAAUCCAUCGGACGACUUUAUCAAACUUCUGAUUGAUUUGUACGAGUCUGAUUCAGCAAACUUAGAGAUAGCUCGUGCCUUGCUGCUGGUUAUGGGGACGUUGGCAGGACAGGACUCGGUAUCAGACUCUGUCAAGUCGAUCCUCAGAGGAAUUUUACUGACACAGCUAGAUGACAUUAAAGAAGGAAACUGUCCAGAAGACACCGACCAUAUCGACGCUCUGGAAGCUGCCGGAAAUAUGGAGGAUGAGAAGCUACUCUCAAGAGUCUUGGAGAUUGGUUCAGUUUGCGAGGCGAGCGGAAGUCUGAGGAUAGCCGUGACGCAUGCGGCAAGGCGUUUCGUCAAUAAACAGGAAACCGUUGGUUUCUUAAUUCAGGUUCUGGAAUCAGCCAAUUGUGAAGUGGUAGAAGAAGCUAUACAUCUGCUGAUAGAUAUCAUGGCAAAUCAAAAAUCCGAGGACAAUCUCUCUCAAUGGCCUCUCGUCGGAAUGAACGCUUUUGACAGGUCUUUGGCUCACUUCCUGACACAAACGGACAAUCUGGGGUGUGUUUUGGACACAGCUAUACGAUACUUCAAAAAGAAAUUGCAAACAGAUGUUGACCAAAUCUUAGUACAACUUCGUAUGAGUAACAUGCAUUCUUCUCCACUUGAGACAAAUCACACCGGUAGAAUACAAAAGCGAAGUCUUGAACAUGCCACAUGUUCUGUUUGGAGCGACUAUAGUGGAAGAUACAGUGAUAUACAGUCCGCAAGCACUUUCCAAUCCGACUUGAGAACGUACAAUAGACGUCGCCACUGUCUCGCUCACUUCCGUGUGGGAGGAUCAAAGGCCAACGCUGAUCUCUAUGGCGGAUUCUUCGUUGGCUGUGACACCAGAUCCUCGAGGGCCAAGUUGUUUGCCAGAGUGGUAGCUAAAGGCAAGGUCUUUUCGAAAACUUUUAGAAUCGGUACAAUUUACGUGUACUUCCUGAACAGCAACUCUAGAAUUUCUGCAAGAGUGUAUGUAAAUGUAGGAGGGAAAACACUCUUAUCUUCACAAUUUUAUGUGCAGCCAAAAACUGUAACUCGCCGGCUGUGGAAUCCCAGACCUCUUACUAUACGCCUGCUUAGAAUUCCACUUCUCAUCACGUCAAUAAAUAUUUAUUUGAAGAUCAGCCCCAGCCUCUAUUUGGAUCAAAGUUUCACUUCAUGCCAAGCGUCAGCCACGUGCCUUCAGCUUAUCCCAAGGGUUAGAGCACGAGCGGCAGCUGGGGCCUCCAUCGGUCUGGCCGUGAUUCGAGGUGGUGCUGAUAUUGGGUUUGACUUUAACUACUAUCUGAAGGCGGAAUUGCGGGUGUUUUCCAGCUGCAGUUGGCCCUGUGUCUCACUGUCACAUGGUCACGAUCGAAAUAGCGUCAGCAUCGAAUUCUGGUACGAGCUUCGUACCAAGAUACGUAUCAAACUUUGGCCGCCAUGGAAGUUGAGAUUCCGUUGGACAUGGGGCCGUAGGAAGAUAUACCGUCCCAGCAGCCUGUCCUGGAGUGUUGGAUCAUCUAGGGAGCGAAGCAUUUUCUCCACCUGUCCCAAAUAGACGCCAACUGUAAGAAAUUCUGCAGGAGUGAUUUUAAAACUUAUCCCCAGAUCACUUUGUUAAAAAGUGUUCAAAAACGAGAUAUAUUCAAUGGUUAUAAAAUGGUAAAUUAAUAUCUUUUUAAUAGCCAAUAAGUUCACCCACGAAGACAAGUAAAAAGUUAUCAAAUUGUGACGUCACAAAACCGUGGAGCGACAGCACGUCUGGGUAGUGACAAAUCACUAUUCGUCCUAUUUUGUCUGUGUCUUGCACUGGGCUUUAAGUGAAUAAUAGGUUUAGAAUGUAGUAAGUGUGGAUAACUAAACUCCUUUAUAUUCCGCAGCCGAGUGGCAGUGAAAGAAGCACGUCACGGAGUACCGUAUCGCCUUGGGUGCGGAACACGACAUUGGGGUGGAACAUGAUUUUACGACUAUAUUAUGACUCGUUACUUCCUCUAAACUGAAUGAUUAUCUGUUAUAGAAAUUAUUGUAUAAUCUUUAAUUUAGACGCGUGUUUUCUGAACGCUUUUCUGUUAUAUUUUUCUGUUUUGUGUCUUUCUAUACUAUUCAAUGUAAAACAUAAUUCAAGAGAGAAGUAUAUAUUACUUCUAUCUUGAACUAUGCUUUAUAUUGAAAAUAUUAUUAAAAUGUAUCAAUGAAAAAUAUAAGUAAAACUCCUUUAUUUUCGCACUCAAGUGGCCGUAGAGGGAUAUUCACACAGAGAAGACAGUAAUGGGGACCAGAGUCCAAUAUAACCAGCACAAGACAGUCCACUUGCCUUUUACUGAAGCGAACUGUACAUUUGAUCACAGAUACUUUUUACUUCUCAAUAUCUAUCCAU